GUACUUUUUAGUCGUUGUGAACCACCAGACGCAACCAAAUAUUGCUUUGUUUACAAUCGCAUUUCUGCAGCUGCGAUCAGAGUCGAUUACGCUGUCAGUAAAAUUACAUUUUCGACGAUCGGCAGUUCGGAAAACUGGUUACAUUUCACUACUAGCCACCGGAAGAAUGGUUCGCAAAUACAUUCGCAAGCGUUCUCCUGCUAAAUACAGUGGACAGGACUUGACAGAUGCGAUGGAUGAUGUAAAAAACGGCAAGAUGAAGAUAAAAGCGGCAGCAAAGCACUUCCGAAUCCCAUAUGCAACACUCUUCAAGCGAGUGAAAGGUCUGAGAGGCAUUAAAAGUAUAACGGGAGGCCGACCCACUGCUUUGCCGUUGAAGGUUGAAACACAGAUCGCCGACUGUAUCAAGAAAAUGGAUAAGUGGGGCUUUGGACUAUCCAAAGAGGAGACAAUUUUGGCAAUAGCAGAGUACGUAAAAGUUAACAAGCUUCAAACACCGUUUGUAAGCGGUGUUCCGGGAGACGAUUUUUUCCGGAAUUUUAAGCGCCGGCAUCAUCUAUCGCAAAAAAAGCCCCAAGCCGUUGAGGUCGCACGGAAACGAGGAGCUGAUCCUUUCGUGAUGACCGAAUACUUCAAGCUCCUAAAACAGGUGACCACGAACGUUCCUCCAGAGCAGAUAUAUAACAUCGAUGAGACUAGCUUCUGCCUCGAUCCGAGUCGGGUUAAGACUGUGGGAGAAACUGGAAGAGCUGCUCAUCGUGUCACGGGCGGUUCAGGAAAAGAAAAUUUUACUGUAUUGAUGGGAGGAAAUGCGGCUGGUGACAAAUUACCACCACUUAUUAUUUUCAAAGGAUCCAACGUAUGGAACAGCUGGAUGGCUAGUAAAUGUGAUGAAUUUCCUGGAAUAGUUUAUGCUGCAACCAAAAACGGCUGGAUGGAGACGGAUGUUUUCGCCAACUACUUCGAACGGUCCUUUCUGAGCGCUACCGCUGAGGGACAAUUGGUCCUACUUUACGAUGGCCAUGUAUCACAUGUUUCUCUUGCUCUCAUCCAAAAAGCAAUCGAGAAUAAUGUUGUGAUACUCAAACUUCCGCCCCACACAAGUCAUCUCUUGCAGCCUAUGGACCUGGCGGUGUUUAAACCAUUGAAGCAAGACUAUGACAAGUGCGUUAUCCAGUGGCAACGGAAUCACUAUGGGACGAAGCUGUCUAAAUCAGCUUUUUCAAACAUUAUCUCCAAAGUUUGGAGAUCAUUUGAUUCACAAAUAAUUAAAAAUGGGUUCCGCAAGGCCGGCGUAUACCCGUUUUCCGAUAAGGUGAUUCCGGAAGACAAAUACGAACCGAGAGCAUGGGCACGUUUCAUCGCAUCACAGCAAGCAGCUCAAACGUUAGAUGACAACACUGUUGAGAUCGUCGAAGGAUCGAAGAAGGCGCUUCCAAGAGUAACAAACACCAGAGAUGCAGCUUCAGCAACUUGUAAUUGCAUUGCUUCCUCAACAGGGAAUGACCAAAUGGAAAAUGAUAAUCCACAAAAUAAUUCUUUUGAAGCGAUUCUCCUUGACCAUGUGAAACAGAUUCCUGUUUCCAAAGCGCAGAGAAAAACAGGAAGUGGGUUAUAUCUAUGGUAUAACCGCAAGGGUGACGUAGGACUAUCGUUGAUUUAUAGAUCAUUUGUAUGAAGUUGAAUCUGAAUUCAUUCUGAAUGAAUUAAUAUUUGGAGAACUUCGAAAACGAGAGCGUUACGUUGGAGGCACAAGGUUUUAUGCAUCCAAUAUUGGAUACGGAAAUAUCCUACUGAUGGGGAAGAAUAAUCUUCAGAAGCUAUCCUGUUGAUUGCGAUUGAUUGAAAAAUCACAAAACCUAAUGUAUUUGGUCACAGUGUUACAUGGAUAGAAAACAUUAAAAUAAACUCUUUCACAUGAAUAUAUUUUGAAAAUUCCCAAAGGAACUGGCAGAUUAUUUUCAGUAACGAUUAGAUAUUUCCACAUUUUCCUCGAUACUGGAAGCCCACCAGUGGUUAAUGCC